UCUUCAACCAGCUGUCCAGUGGUCUCGAUGUGAUUGGCAUGGCAGGUGAAUGGCUGACAGCCACUGCAAACACAAACAUGUUUACCUACGAGGUGGCGCCUGUGUUCACGUUGAUGGAGGACAUCAUCCUGUCCCGGAUGAGGGCCAAGGUUGGCUGGACGGGUGGAGACGGGAUACUUGUGCCGGGUGGAGCACUGGCCAAUCUGUACAGUGUGUUAGCAGCUCGAUACCACAAAGUCCCUGAUGUUAAAUUCCAGGGGAUGAAGUAUUUACCCCAACUGGUGAUGUUUACUUCAGAGCAGGGACAUUUUUCCAUCAAACGAUCGGCUGCUAUCAUGGGUAUAGGUACUGACAACGUCAUUCAGAUUCGCUGUGACGGAAGGGGUAAGAUGCUGGUGUCUGAUCUGGAAAGCGAGGUUGAGGCUGCCUUGGCUCGCGGUUGUCUCCCCUUUUAUGUGAACGCCACGUGUGGUACUACCGUUCUUGGCGCCUAUGACCCAGUGCACGAGAUAGCGGAUGUUUGCCAAAAACAUGGACUCUGGCUGCACGUUGAUGGAGCUUGGGGUGGUUCUGUACUGAUGUCCAACAAACACAGGCAUCUGCUAGACGGCAUUGAGAGAGCCAAUUCAAUGACAUGGAACCCUCAUAAGCUGAUGGGCGUACCUCUUCAAUGCUCGGCUAUUUUGCUGAAAGACAAAGGAAUUUUGCAGGCCUGUAAUUCGAUGCAGGCAAACUAUCUGUUCCAACAAGAUAAGAAUUAUGACAUGGGCUAUGAUACUGGGGACAAGGCGAUUCAGUGCGGUCGUCACAACGACAUUUUCAAACUGUGGCUGAUGUGGAGAUCUAAGGGAGACCGGGGAUUUGAAGACCAUGUCAAUAAAGUGUUUGAGCACGCAGAAUAUCUCAGGAGGAAGAUAAAAGGCAGGGAAGGUUUUGAAUUUGUUGUUGAAAAGGGGGAGCUGACCAAUGUGUGUUUUUGGUAUGUACCACCGAGUAUGAGGACGUUGCAGCCAGGUGUCGAGAGGGACCAGCAAAUAAACACGGUGGCUCCUAAAAUCAAGGCUCGUAUGAUGGAAUCCGGGGCGACGCUGGUGGGCUACCAGCCUCUUGGAAAUCUUCCCAACUUUUUCCGGAUGGUCAUAUCCAACCCAGGAGUGACAGAAGCUGACUUGGAUUUUUUUGUUGAAGAAAUCGAGCGUCUAGGUCGUGACUUAUAA